CACUCCCGCCGGGAAAGGGCGGGUGUGCAGCUGGCAGAAGUUAACAGAGCCGCAGAUACACAUAGACACACUGCUCCUAAAGCCUGGAGUGUUUUGAGUGGGGAUAUGUGUGAUGGCCCAGCAGGGAGCGACUGAACUGAUCACGGGUCUGGAGCAUCUCUCCUACGAGGAAAGGCUGAAGUUGAGGUUGAAUAUCCUGAUGAGUAACUUGUUGUCUGGGAGCGUGGUGGAGCUUGCACGAUCACAGCUUCUCAGAAACUGUGCUGAGGUUCCCUUGGUGAGCAGAGCUGUUACUGGAUGCCUGUAAGGGGAAGAGAAUGGAAUCCCUGUGUGGCAGCACUGCUUAAGGAACUGUUUGAGCGCUGCAGAUGUUCCUCUCACCAGCACCCCGUGGUAGAUUUCAUGGAGAAGGAGAUGGAUAACCCCACGUUUAGAAGUGACACUGUGCUGUCUGAUGUUCACUUGCACUGCCCAAGCAAAAGACACCUCAUGGUGAGACUGAACGCAGUUGGACAGCCAGUAUUCCUGUCAUAUUUCAAACUCCUUUGGAGCACAGAAGAUUUGGCAUCUGGGAAACACGUGGGAGAAAUUACCACAGGAAGAGAACACCAGUGCAGAAGUGGAGAUGAACUGUGUGACAAGGACAGGAGUAACAUAAAAAAAGGAGAAUUAAAUAGUGAAGGAGUAGAAGCUCUGCUAGAUGAUGAUGGAGACUUGGAAGUGGUCAGAAGGCCUCGAAGUGCCUCUGAUUUGCAAGCAGAGGAUCUUUUGAGAGAUAUAGUGUGCCCUGUAAUUCUGAUGAAAGGGAAAGAAGAUGCUUUUGAAGAUGAAGAGCAGGAGUGUACCCGCAGUGAUGUUGUUAAAAUAGAACACACUAUGGCAACCCCCUUAGAAGACGUUGGUAAACAAGUCUGGCGUGCUGCCUUCCUCCUGGCUGAUUACAUUCUCUUUCAAAGGGACACGUUCAGGUGCUGCUCAGUGCUGGAGCUUGGAGGUGGCACUGGAAUUACCAGCAUUAUCAUGGGGACAGUUGCCAGGAGAGUUUAUUGCACAGAUGUUGGUGAAGACCUUCUGGCCAUGUGUGAGCAAAAUGUUGCAUUGAACAAACACCUAAUGGAGCCAGGAGGAGGGGAAAUUAAAGUCAAAGAACUGGAUUGGCUGAAAGAUGAAUUCUGCACUGAUCCUGAAGCUCCUUAUAGCUGGUCUGAAGAAGAGAUUGCUGAUUUGCUUGAUCGCUGUUCUGUGAUAAUGGCAGCUGAUGUGUUCUAUGAUGAUGACCUGACAGAUGCUUUGUUCAGAACCCUGUAUAGAAUCACACACAACUUGAGAAAUUCUUGUACAGUUUAUUUAGCACUGGAAAAGAGGCUGAACUUCACUUUAAGACAUAUGGAUGUUACAUGUGAAGCCUACAGCCACUUUAGAAAUACUCUGAAUGAUUUGGAGAACCUCCAAGAUGGAAAAAUGAAAUAUACAGCGGAGCCCAUUAAACUUGAUUUCUGCCAGUUCCUUGUUUAUGAGCGAAUUGAGCAGUUGGAAUUGUGGAAGAUCAUGGCUGAACACCUAACAUGACAGGCCCACAAGAAAAGAGAUCUUUACCCAAGGAGAAGGGCUAUUUUGAUGUUCUGUUAAGGAUUUUCAUCCCAAGAAGAGCAUCUUCCUGGUGGAAUUGUGUUCUCAGAAAUUAUUGCAAUGCAGUUUUGCUUUACUUUUUUGGUUUUGGCACUGCAUUUCUUGGACUUGUGCACUUGCACAUGAUUUCUUUGAUGUUUCUGAGUACCUGCUGGAUGCCAGACAGUGGCAGUGACACGGUGACUUGCUCUUUGGGAUUGAUGACUUCACUUUUAGAGUCUGGCAAAGAAGUAUUUCACCUUUGCCAUAUGGCUGAUUUGCAGAUGUCGUGCAUUUCCCUUUUUAGUUUACACAACAUGGACACUGUUCUCAAUCUUAUCCCAGUUCCACACAUUAUUUGUAUUUGUGGACACUUGUGAAACAAUGUUCUGGACAAAACUUGUUUGUCAUGAAUUAAACAUUCUUUAAGACAUUUGUUUAUGAAACUUGGCCCUUAAUUGUCAGUUUGUCCUAUAUAAAUCUCUCUAGUUUAGGGCCACUGUCUGAAUUGAAAGGAGACAAGAUGCAUUUUGUUUCAGCCUCUAAAAAUACUCCACAGGGUUUUUGGAGUAUAGGACAUCAACCCUAUAUUGUCUUGCAGGAAUUCUAAGCUACUCUGUCCUAGGCAGGUUGAGGGUGAGAAGGUACCAGAUGAAGGGAGAUAUUACAGCUCUUAAGAUAUUUGGAAUUGUAUCCUCAAUAACAUACAUGUGAGGCUGGGGGUAGGGAAUGUCUUGCCCACACAAAAGGAAACCUCCAAUAUCUUACUUCUGGAUUAAAAUAAAACAUAUUUAUUAAA